AUGGCCCCCAAAAUCCUGGUUGGCAGUGGGACUUGGGGUCACAAUCUCGACAUAGACCAGGUGCAGUAUCAGAUUGCCAACCUGGACAAACUUGACUGUCAAGAGAUUGAUCCUGUCGCCCUGUAUCCCUUCACCAAUCCAGGCUUGGCAGAGAAGUUCAUCGGUGAGAUCGGACGCGAUGGCCUUCUCGUCGAUUCCAAGGUGAUGUGGUUCGACGGUGGGAACAAGACCCUCACUAUAGAGGCGAUCGCCACACCAUUGAGGGAAAGCUUGGAACGUCUCAAGGCUCACAAGGUCAACGUCUUCUACGCUCUCGGCCCCGAUCACGUCACCCCGCUGCAAGAGCAAGCCGCCGGUUUUAAUGCCGUGUUCCGGCAGGGCAAAUGCGCAAAAACGGGAGUCUCCAACUUCCCGCCGGACUUGUUCAAAGAAUACCUGGGUAUCUGCGAGGAGCAAGGCUACGUUAAGCCAAGCGUCUACCAGGGCCAAUACAACCUUUUAUGCCGCACUUACGAGACGACCCUGUUUCCUCUUCUCCGCAAGCACAAUGUCGCUUUCAUCGCCUACUCCCCACUAGCCGGGGGUAUGUUGACCGGAAAAGUCACCUUUGCAGAUAACCCUGAUGCCCUCAAAGGCACUCGUUUCGAAGUCUCCAAGGACAAUGCAAUGGGUAUGGCGGGUCGUCAUUGGUACGACAAACCCAGCUUCCACGAUGCGAUACGCAAGCUAGCUGCGCUGUGCGACGCUCACGACAUCGACAUGACAGAUGCUAGCAUGCGAUGGCUGCUGAACCAUUCUAUGCUGACGAGGUCAGAGGGGACAGCGUCAUUGUUGGACCUCGGAACCAACAACAGCUCGAGGCAUAUGCUGCAGCUAUUCAUGUAG